AUGAUUUCUCCACGAAUUCAAAAGGAAUUAGCAAAUGCUUGUGUUUCAGAAGUCACACUUGCCAUAGUCAAAGAUAUUGGGGAUAGAGUUUUCACUAUCUUGGUUGAUGAGGCUCGAGAUGUUUCAUUGAAGGAACAAAUGAGUGUUGUUUUAAGAUACGUGAAUAGUGAAGGAUAUGUGAUUGAGCGAUUUCUUGGGGGCGUACAUGUAACUGACACUUGUUCUCAUUCUUUGGAUCAAGAAACUACUUUGGUAAGACCAGGAGACACUCGUUGGGGCUCACAUUACUCUACAUUGCUUCGUUUAUGCUCUAUGUGGCCCGUGGUUGAGAAGGUGUUGGAAAUUGUUAGAGAUGAUGCCACUAUCCUUGAUAAUAGAAGUACUACUGAAGGCUUGAUCGAAAGGAUGGAUAAUUAUGAGUUUGUUUUUACUUUGCACUUGAUGAAACACUUACUAGGAACUACAAAUGAAUUGUCUCAUACCCUACAACGGAAAGAUCAAAACAUUGUACAAGGUAUAUCAUUGAUCCAAAGUGUGAAACAUCAAUUGCAAAGUUUUAGGGAGGAUGGAUGGGAAGCCUUGUUAGACCAAACAAAUAGAUUUUGUGAGUUGCACAAUAUUUCACAAGUUAAUAUGGAGGACAUCAUACCACGCCCUGGUCGAAAAAAGCAUGGAGCAGAGUUGAUCACAAACUUACAUCAUUAUCAGGUUGUUGAUUUAAUUAUUCAAGAGAUGAAUAAUCGGUUUUCUGAAGCUAGCACCGACUUGCUAAAAUGCAUAGUGUGUCUUGAUCCAAGAAAUUCUUUCUCUGAAUUCAAUGAGCAUCAAGUCAUUCAUAUUGCUACUUUAUAUCCCGAGGACUUCUCUGCGAGCGAAUGUUUACCUCUUCCACGGCAAGUUAGUAAUUUUAUUGCUAAUGUACAGUGUGAUCCUCAAUUUAUUGCGCUUAGUGAUUUGGGAAGUUUUGCUAUGACAAUGGUCAAAACUAAGAAGCAUUUAGUUUUUCUAUUGGCCUAUCGGAUUAUUGAGCUGACCUUGAUUUUACCUGUUGCUACUGCUUCUAUUGAGAGAGCAUUUUCUGCAAUGAAAACUAUCAAGACUGAUUUACGAAAUCCAAUGGGAAACGAGUGGAUGAAUGACGUCUAG